AUGGAACCAGGGGAUGUAGACAGCUGUAAACUGACAGGUCUGGUUCCUGGUUCUCAGUAUGACAUUGACUUGGUGGCCGUUAGCAGAUUUGGGAGGAGCCUCGCCGUCAGUACAAGUGUUAUUACAGAAACGGACAGUCCACAGUUCCUCACCUGCUCAGCAGCAACUUAUACUUCACUGUCCAUCAGCUGGGUGAAGCCGAGAGCGCCCCUUAUUGGAUACAGAGUGACCUACACCCUCGUUAGUGACAGUCCGUCCGACGUCAUCUCAACAGAUUUUGGUCCGGAAAAUGAGGAACAGGUACUCCAGGAUGUCCUAGCUGACCGAGAAUACAGCGUGACGCUUGUAGCUGUUGGGAUAUACAAGGAGAGCUUGUCUGUUGAGGUCACAUGUGCAACAUUGACGCCCCCACCUGAGGACUUCAAGUUGAAAGACAUUGCAGAAACGUCCAUCACAGUUUCGUGGAAGCAGAAGUCCAGCUCACUCGCUAUUGGCUACAGGAUGUGGAUAGUGCGGAGUGAUACAGCUGAGAGCCUGUUCACGCAGUUCGUGCCCACAGAUCAAACAGAUCUGACAUUUACUGCCCUCACCCCUGCCACAGAGUAUGUGAUAUCAGCCGUAAGCAUCAACAGGUACAACGAGGGACCAGCCGUGAACAUUACUGUGGUAACAAAAACGGAUAGUCCAACAGCACUGUACAUUGAACAGAAGACAACCAACACUGUCACAAUCUCCUGGUUACCUCCUGAAGCUGUUCUGACGGCAUACAACAUAACGUACACAGGAAAUGGAAGAAGUACUUCCGUAAUGGAACCGGGAGAUGUAGACAGCUGUAAACUGACAGGUCUGGUUCCUGGUUCUCAGUAUGACAUUGACUUGGUGGCCGUUAGCAGGUUUGGGAGGAGCCUCGCCGUCAGUACAAGUGUUAUUACAGACACAGAUCCACCCUCACGUCUGAACGUCACCAAGUCCUCCACGACCUGGCUGUUCCUGGAAUGGACCUCACCUGUGGCCAACAUUCUGUCCUACGACUUGGAAAUCUCAGACGAAUUUAGCAGUACAAGAACAUUCCUCAGACUCGAGGGGCACACAACGUCCUACAACGUCACGGAUCUUGUACCAGAAACCACUUACGUCUUCAAAAUGGGGGCCUUCAGUGAGUUUGGUCGUAGUGUGGACAUCGCUUUUUCAUAUAGUACAGUGACUUCCCCUGGUAGAUCAACGGAGCCUCCCCGUAUCUCACAGACAUCGACUCCGGCCUUAGUGCAGACGGUUUCAGCAGCCAUCAAUGUGUUACCUGAACAGAAAACGCAAAUAGCAAGUGGCUCCGAUAAUGUGUUAGAAAGUGACCUUAUCGACACGAGUGCCACCGAUCUCUCCCCGAGGCAGCAGCUGAAGGUGUUAAAGGAGAAGAAGAAGGAAAAGGAAGACAUGAAGCCUACCGUUCAGAUCCUGAGCAGAGAAGACUACGCCCUGUCGAUGUCAGCUGUGGGCUGCUCGUCUUGGAACGACAAUAAGAACCAAUGGAGGCUGGAGGGCUGCGAUGCUGACAUUAAUCUCAAGGACGGGGCCAUCAGCUGCAGGUGUCCCAUGACCGAGUGGAAGGUCUCUGUAGGGACCAUGACUCUUCCACUCCCCAACUCCAUCAACUUCAUCAACGCGUUCCAGAACUUCCUCCACCUGAGCGACAACUCCGUAGUGUUCUCCAUCGUGGUGUCCGAGUUCAUCCUGUACCUCCAUAUCAUGGUUCUCUUGUGCGUGGACUUUCACCGUGUAUGGAGGGCCCUUCGUCGUCCAUUCGCCCGCUGGAUAAGCCCCAUUACCGGAGCAAGUGGAGGAGCAAAGAACCAAAGUGAGCCGCUGUGCAAAGUGAGUCUGGUCCCUCCUGACAGGAUGGUCGCACGUCAUGUCUAUCAACUCACGGUCACCACCGGGUCCAUGUUCGGGGCAGGGACUACCUCACGGGUCGGCUUCCAACUCUUCGGGUCAGAGGCCACAUCUCCAGUCAAGAUGCUGAACCCCAACAGAGAGGCUUUGUUGCGUGGAAGCACUUUACAUUUUGUCAUGCCUGUGCGAGAGUCACUGGGAGAAGUGCUGUUGUUGCGCAUCUGGCAUGAUAACUCUGGGAAAGGAGAUACGGCAUCCUGGUUCCUCGGACGUUUUGUCGUCAGAGAUAUAGAAACCGACGUGGUAUCGUACUUCACCUGCAAUGACUGGUUGUCAAGAGAAAAAGGGGACGGUGAAGUUCAGAAGGUGGUUCACGCAAGUACCGAAGAGGAGCUGACAUCCUUUACCAAUGUCUUCAAUGAGGCAACCAGAGACGUGUUCUACGAUAAACAGCUCUGGGCGUCUGCCCUUGUAGCAGCACCGGGUUCAAUCUUCACCAAGGCCCAGCGUCUGUCUUGCUGCUUUACUCUACUGAACACCAUGAUGUUAUCCAGCGCCAUGUGGUACAAGGCAGAAAACACAACUGCCGACACCAGAGUGUUGAACCUGGGGUUUGUUCGUUUCACCAUACAGAUCUUUGUCCUUGCUGUGGGUCUGGCCGCCAUCUUUAGCCUCCCUUUCCUCACCAAGCCGCCAGUUAUUCUGAAGGAAGACCUGCAGCUGAACCUGUGGAACUCUAAAGCACCGAAAAAGGUCUAUCCACCUGCCAAGCCUGAUGUGAAAUCGGCUAGAAACAAGAAGGAACUAAAUAAGAAGUCAGCCUCAGUACUGAAGGAGUUUCUUCUCUUGUUUAUCUUCGUGGUGCUCCUCUUCUACAUCGCCCAGGCGGAUAAAGACCAACAUGCCUUUUAUGAGACACAGUCCUUGUCGAACAACAUUCUGCAAGAAUAUGAUGCGAUUAAAACUCCGGACCAGGUUUACGCGUGGACUGAGGACGUCCUGCUGCCGACCCUUUACCCAGCUACCUGGUACAACGGAAGGGACAUGAAGUACUUAGACCGACAGUUUGCACACAACACGGGAUCCUUCCGUCUCGGUCCUCCACGUCUGACACAAGUUAGACAACUUCCAGGUGAUCUGGGGUUUGAACGCUUUGUUGACCUGCAAAUCGCUGCAUGGUGGGAUGCAUGUUUUAAACACAUCCUGGGUCUUGUUGUCUUCAUUAACACCAUAUCCCUACUUCGCGUCGUCCGCUUCAGUCAAACAAUCGGCAAACUCCUGGCUCUUCCCGGCAUCAUGAAGGAGGAGCUCUUGUCGUUCUUGGUUGUUGCUGCCAUCGCCUUUAUCGCCUUCAUCAGCUCGGCACACCUCAUAUUCGGAAGCCACAUGGAACCUUACGCAGACCUGUACCACACAACGUUUGCACUCUUCGAGAUGAUGCUUGGCAGGUUCUUCGCGCAGGACAUGUUGGACUCCAACCCUCUCACCGGGCCGAUCUUCUUCUCUUCCUUCAUGAUCUGCAUCUUCAUCCUCCUGAUGAACUUCCUCAUGACCAUCGUCUGUGACGCCAUUUCCGCUGACGUUGACGUCAGCCAUGACCAAGAGCUUGGAGAGUACAUCUGGAGGAGCUUCCGGGCCAUGUUAGGGUUUCACAGCACGCCGGAUAAGGAAAAUAAACCGGGUGAACUGAAUAUGAAAGGACUGGAGGCCAACAUAGUCAUCAUUCAGGAGAAACUUGAUGAAGGUCUGGACAUCUGUAACUCCAUCCUGCCUUCACGGAAGCAGGUGACGACUGACAAAAUCACCCAGGAAGAUGAGAAAUGACCAAUAAUUGUCGACGAAAGUCACUAAAGUACCACGGGCAUUCAAAAUGAUAACCACAGCAUCCAAAGGCCAAUUGGUACUAAUGUAGAUACUUUUGAUAUUGACACUGAAAUCCAAAUCCUGGAGCAAGAAUUUGAGGAAGAAGAGAAAAACAGAAAAAGAAUAACAGAGCAUCACCUACUAACUGAGAUAAGGGUGCAGACCAAGCAAAUUGAGGACAUCCUUGUUAGAGUGAAUCGUGCUACAACUAAACCGACUUUGCAAAAGGUACCCCGGCAGCCUGCAGGAAACACGUGGAUCUCCGAUCUAAAGCUCACCGCUGAAGACAAGGCUGUACUCCUUAGUGACGAGGUGCUGACAGACAAACACAUCCAUGCCGCACAGAUGUUACUCCGCCGUCAGUAUCCGGGAUUGGGAGGACUACAAGAUACGACAGUAGGAGCGUCUUCGUACGGAUACACACGGGUCUCCGGAGAAGGUCUACAGAUUCACCACACCGGCCAAUUCCACUGGGUACUCUCAUCCUCCAUAGGUGGACAUGUCAGUGUUUAUAACAGUAUCCCCGGUAGGAUACAUGCAUUGUUGGAGAGCCAGUUGAGUCAGUGCUACGCGCCAGUCUCCAACAUGGCCACCGAUGUACUGACUGUCAAAGUACCAUGUGUGCAGCUGCAGGAAAGCGGAAGUACAUGCGGACUGUUUGCCAUAGCGUGGGCUGUAGACAUCGCGAUGGGGACGGAUGUGACCCAGGUCAGGUACAACGAGAGCAAGAUGAAAGCCCAUCUCCUGGACUGUUUCGAACGCGGUCACCUGUCUCCCUUCCCGCGGGUCCGUCAGGUCACCAGGCGGCGAGCCAGUGCGGUUCACCGGAUCAGUUUGGUUUGCCGCUGCGGACAAAUAUCGGUAUGGGUCUACUAA